AUGAUAGUGUUACAAGUUUCAAGUGAAUUUCUUAAAAUUAUGCGACUUAAAGACUUAGAAAGUGCACUUCAAGAAAUUAAAUUGGAACAAUAUAAUACAACGUCACAUCUAGCAUCUCGCAUGGUAUUUACAGCUCAUUCAAAUUAUGAUGAUAUUGAGGGCAAAAUUGUUGCAGAUUUUGGCAUUGGAUCAAAUCUUUUAGAUUCAAGUCAUAAUGUUGCAUUAGAUAUUGAUGAAUCAGCAAUUAAUAUUGCUAAUAAGAAUAUCAAAGCAUUUGAUGUUGAAAUAGAUUUGGUAAUAACAGAUUUAAAAUUGGAUCCAUUAGACAAAUAUAAAAAAAAAAUCGAUACAGUUAUAAUGAAUCCACCAUUUGGAACUAAAAAUAAUAAAGGAAUUGAUUUGAUAUUUUUAAAAAAGGCAAUUGAGAUUUCAACUACUUCUGUAUAUUCAUUACAUAAAAGUUCCACCAGAGAACAUAUUAUCAGGAAAGCUAAAGAAUGGAAUGUGAAUUGUGAAGUAUUGGCUGAAAUGAAGUUUGAUGUUCCAAAAAUGUACAACUUUCAUAAACAAAAAUCUGUUGACAUAGAAGUUGACUUUUUAAGAUUUGAAAUUAAAGAAAAUUAA